CUCACUCGCCUGUCCUGGAACUACUUUCUGUGCACCUUAACCUCCACCCUACUGACCAGCUGGAGUCCUCCGCUGCCGAUAUGUGCAAAGGAUUAUCAUCACUUCCAAACUCCUGCCUGGAAAGGGCCAAGGGACUGAAAGCAAGGCUGGGGAACAUUCUGCAAAAACCAGAUUGGAAACUGACAUGCUGCAAAAUAGGGAAAAAUCGACCCACCACAGAAGAAUGCCUCAAGUGGAAGCAUUCAUUUGAAAAGCUACUGUCAAGUAAAUAUGGCAUGUGUGCCUUCACAGCUUUCCUCGUGUCUGAGUUCAGCGAGGAGAACAUUGCAUUCUACUUCGCCUGCGAGGAAUACAGGAGCACCAAGUCAGCUGCCAAGCUCGCAGCCAAAGCCCAGAAGAUUUACGAUGAAUUCAUCGGCAGCGACGCACCACGAGAAAUCAAUAUCGACCACGAGACCCGGGACAUCACAAAAUCCAACAUGGAGUCCCCCUCGCCCGCUUGCUUCGACAUGGCCCAGCACAGGAUCUACAUGUUGAUGGCCAAAGACUGCUACCCCCGAUUCCUACGCUCACAAACUUACAGGGAGAUGGCGUACGAAGACGGGGACAAGAGAAGAUGUCCUGUCCACCCAGAGAAUGUGUGAACGAGAUGCAUGUCCUGACUAUAAGGAGUUUAGUUUGUGCAAGGUCGCCUUACAGAAAAGAUGACAAAAAGAGCAGCAGAGAGGGCCGAGAAGCCGGGCUGCGGAUCGCUCUGACAGAAUGCCAUGGGCAGACAGGGGUGGUGGCGGGACAGCAGUGGGAGAGAUGGCGAUGUGGUGGAGCACAGGCCGUGAGUCUGAGAUUUAGGGGCAGAGAUCAUUUCAGAACAGAAAGGGGUUUAUUUUGCCAAGAUGGAGCAUCGGUGGAAAAUUGCCCAGAGUUUAAAAGUAUUUUUGCUCAUAAUUUGACCAUAGUACUGGCAGACAAUCAGAAGGGAGAAAUGGUAAAAGCCAUAAAAGCAAGCACAUGUGAUUGCGUUUUGAAUUUGUCUUAUACUGUGAGAGCAAAGUGUGAAUAAUGUAUUUAUUUGUUUAACUGUCAAUUUAUUGUUAUUUAAUUUACUUUUCUUACAAAGCAAUGUGCAAUCUUUC